AUGCCCGGCAGCCAGGCCCGGAGCCGGGCCCGCGACCGGAACAACAUCCUGAACCGGCCUGAGUUCCUGUCCCUGAAUCAGAACCCUCGCAGAGAAUCCAUGGUAGGGGAGGAGCGGGGGGGCGGCGGUGGUCCUAGGCGAGCCGGAUUUAGGCCACCGAGUCAACAGGAGGACUCUGGGGGGAGGUGGUCCAGAGACACCUCUAAUUCGGGUCCUGGGUCUGGUCUUGCGGGAGAAGCCCCCCGCUGGCCGGAGCAGGACUGCAUGCAGCUCAACCCAUCAUUUGGCGGCAUUGCUGUCAGCUCUCUGCUGGCCAUCGACAUCAGUCUGUCCAAGCGUCUGGGAGUUUGUGUGGGGGUCCGGGGCCCCGCAGGGGCCCCAGGGCUCCGCUCCAUGAUCUCCCUGCUAGCCCUCACAGGACACUUCCUGCCCUGGAUCACCGGGACACUGAUCUGUCUGUGGAGGAGCAGCACCAUGGCUGGACAGGAAGUCCUGCUCAACCUGCUGCUGGCUCUGGUCUUGGACCUGAUGACAGUUGCUGGGAUGCAGAAGCUGGUGAAGCGUCGAGGACCAUGGGACGUCCCGCCCACUUUCCUGGACUACAUUGCCAUGGAUGUGUAUUCUUUCCCAGCAGCCCAUGCCAGCCGAGCCAUUAUGGUGUCCAAGUUCCUUCUGACGCACCUGGUGCUGGCGGUUCCACUGAGGAUCCUGCUCUACCUGUGGGCCUUCUUGGUGGGCGUGUCCCGUGUGCUACUGGGCAAACAUCACCUGUCUGACGUCGGUUGUGGAUUCGCACUCGGCUUCCUGCAUUUCAGCCUAGUGGAGUCUGUCUGGUUGGAUUCUGCAACCUGCCAGACCCUCAUGUCUAUUGGCAGCCUGUGCUGGACUCCCCUGCUUUAGAACUAGUCCCCACUGGUUCAACCUGAUUGUGAUGGCAC